GUUGAAUUGUCAGGUCGUUAUAAACAGAAGAGAGAUUCAUGCGGUGCAGAACUGACACCCAAUACGUCACACCAAACCCCCACAGGAGCAGCCUUUAGAAGCAGAGAAUGAAGUCACGAGAUGCAACUGUCCUGUACAUUCUCGUCGCAUUCCGCUUCGUCAAUGCUCUCUGUGUGCGCACAUUCUUCCAGCCAGAUGAAUAUUUUCAGGCUUUGGAGCCGGCUUGGAGGAUAGCUUUUGGAAGUGAUAGUGGAGCUUGGUUGACCUGGGAAUGGCAAUAUCAACUUCGCUCUUCGUUGCACCCUGCCCUGUUCGGCGGGGUCUAUAUCGUCCUUCAUAAUGUGUUGAAGUUUCUGCACGCUAGCCCUGAAAUCUCUGCGGCACUCUUGGUGGCUGCGCCCAAGGCAACCCAAGCCGUCUUUGCUGCUCUAGGGGAUUAUUAUACUUGGAAGCUGGCCUUGCAAAUAUAUGGCAACUCUGGGGGUAUCGCUUCCGCGGCUCUUUGGUUGACUGUCUCGAACCCAUGGCAAUGGUAUUGCUCUACAAGGACAUUUUCGAAUUCUAUUGAGACCACAUUGACAAUCAUGGCUCUUUAUCAUUGGCCUUGGAGUCUACUCAGGGAUUCUAGUGGAAAAGAUGAGGAUGACAGGGAAAGUUUUACUUCAUCAACUUUACGAGAAUCACUGCUACUUGCGGCAAUCGCUGUGGUGUUGAGGCCAACGAAUCUCCUCGUCUGGAUUGCGAUUCUCACCGUGACCGUAACUAGACUCACUCUAGACGGGAGAUCCCCACUCACUACAGGAAGCCUCAUUAGCCUCGUGGUAAACAUAGCCUUCAGUGGACUCUCAGUCUUGGCCGUGUCUGUCCUGGCUGAUUGCUUCUAUUUCGGAUUUUGGACGUUCCCUCCUCACAACUGGCUUCACUUCAACCUCUCGCAGUCGCUCUCCUUAUUUUAUGGGCGUAAUGAUUGGCACUACUAUAUUUCCCAAGGCAUCCCGCUGCUCUCGACGACAUGCCUUCCCUUUGUCUGCAUAGGGCUGUGGAAAUCGACAGGGCUCGCCCUGGUGCCAGGUCUGACGGUAUCACAGUCGAAUGCGGUAAAGACUCUAUCCUUUGCUGUGUUUUCUCUGGUGGGAGCAUUGUCGACGAUAUCACACAAGGAGGUCCGGUUCAUUUACCCGCUUCUUCCUGUCCUCCAUGUCAUAGCGGCACCUUACGUCUACGCAUUCUUUACUAGCCAAGCGACUACUUCACCCUUGGCCGCCAAGAACUCUUCUCCCUCAAAACCUCGACUUAGACACAGAUACGUCCUAGGCGGAUGCUUGGCAGUCAAUAUCAUUCUCGGGGGCUAUCUCUCCUCAUUCCACCAGCGAGCUCCGCUAUCGGUGCUGCACUUUUUGCGCCACGAGUACGAGGGCAUCCACCCCGACAGUCUUGUGCUUGGCCAAGCCACUCCCUCAUCGGAGCACACGGCGCCUCUAGCGCCAAGUGGAAACGGAACGGCCAUUGACAUCAAUCGCCACUUGGACGACAUGGAGCUCUUCGCCCUCUUCCUGACGCCCUGCCACUCGACCCCCUGGCGCUCGCACCUCGUCUACCCAGGCCUGCACGCUCGCGCGCUCACCUGCGAGCCCCCGAUUCACACAGAGCCGGGCACCCGCGAGCGCGAAGAGUACCUCGACGAGGCCGACAGGUUCUACGCCGACAAGGACGCCUUCCUGGCGACCGAGAUGUGGCCCCAGGACAAGGACGCCCGCCGGCUGCUGCCGAGGUACAUUGUCGGGUUCGAGGGCAUCGAGGAGGACCUGCGGCGGUUUUUCGACAGGCAGCAAGGCCGGGGUGCGGGGCUCGGGGUUGAGCUCCACAGGGUGUGGGAGGGUUGGAACGGCUUCUUCAACGAGGAUGUACGGAGGAGAGGGCUCCUGGUCGUAUGGGACACUGGGGUUUUUUCUGCAUGAGGACCGGAUCUGGUAUGCGAGAGAAGGGGGGGGGGGCGAUAUCUCCACAGGGUUCAUGUCUGUCUCGGAUAUGUCCCGAAAUGAUUCCCGGGUCGCACAACUGCCGUGUAACAACAGAGACUCAAUAUAAAGCGGCUCCCACCGAGCUGCCCUUGCGUCAUCCCGAUCGAGAUGGAUAUGCAGGUAGUACUGCCAAAUCGGUUAACAUAGCGCAUGUCCACGGAAAUUAUAUAAGAGACAAAAUUCGUUCACAGGACGAUCCAAAGCAUGUAAGUUUGAUAGGGUUCAAAUUACCAAAGCUAGUAGCAAGCUAUAUUGAAGAGAUAUAUAGAGUUAGUAGUAAGAGACUAGACUAGUACAGGUCAACCUUGAGUGUGUUGCUUUGUGUGCAUUAGUACAGGAAUUGAGCUCGAGG